UGAGGGAGAAUCACUGGAAUACACCAACAUGCAAACAUUCAGGGAACAAAAAAGAACAUCCUCUCCGGCUGUCCCACACCCUCUGCACCUGUCAGGAGAACAAAAUAGUCCUUCGAGGACUCAGCUACCCACGGGGCAGCUUGUACCGAGUCAAUGCACACCGACCGAGAGGAUCCUCCUGCAGAUGUUGGGGGAGUUGCAGAGCCAGGUCCAACACAUGACUGAAAUUGUCACCCAGAUACCUACCUUGUUGGGUUACAGUCCUGGAAAUGCACCAUUAACAACGUGUGCAGAGGAUGAGAGAUUUCCACUGCAAGACACUGAGGACCUGAACAACGUUGAAAUGCAGUUGGAAAAUGUUGAAUUUAAGAACAAACUGGUAUCCAAACUGUCACUGGCUGGGGGACAAACACUGAAGAAAACAGUCUGGAUGAUCUGUGGGAAGGUGUUUGAUCCCCAGUUGGCUGUGCAUCUUAACUGGUGUGGCAGAGGGGAUAAAACACCAAUGAAAAAAACAACAAAAAAAAAUAAAAAAAUCGUCAAUGUGAUUAUUUCUGAGGACGAGUACCUCGGCUUGGUUGACGAGGUCCUUUACUGGCUGGCCCAGCCGGAGGUCCGAGAGGACCCUAUAGCCCGGGCUUUAGCCAGUCACAGCCGGGACAUCUUGGAGAUGUCCCUCGCUGAAGACGCACAUCUAGCGGAGGAUGUGCGCGACAAUCUCCGGCAGCUGCGGGAGAGGCUAACCGGACGGGAAGCCCGGCCGAUCUGUGUCUCCGGAGAAUCUCAGCCUCCACCGAAAGCCCAGACUCGGAGGAAGAAAAAGCAGAGGGGCUAA